AUGUCUUCAACUGAGUCUUCAGCACAAAAAGCUAUUAGGGAUAACCUAGGAAUAUUAAAUAGGGUCCUUAAUAAUGAAGCUGUGUUUGGUGAAGUGGCACAGAAAUGUGUUCAAAGGAGACUGAUAACAACAGAUGAAUUAACUCAAUUAAAUGACAGAUUAUCACGUCAAACACUACGGGAAAGAGUAGAAGCAUUUGUUCUGAGAUUGGCUGAGCUUCUUGGUGAUCUACCAGAAAAGAUUGAUGGAUUCUUGUCUAUUAUUAAAGAGAUUGACACUCUCAUUGCUGAGAAAGCAGCCGACACUAUUUCUCAAAGCUAUGCUAAGUAUGGAUAUAAAUUGCCCAAAUAUGAAUCCGCUGGUGGUUCAGUUGCUGACUCUGUUGGUCCAGCUCCCAAACUGCUCAAGUAUGAAUCUGCUGGUGGCUCAGUUUCUGCUGUUGUUUCUGACUCAGCAGUUGGUCCAUCUCCCAUUGAUACUACUAAUGCAGCAGGAAGUGUUCAAUCUUUAUCUCCUCAAGUUUUAGAGCAAGGAAAAGAGAAAGUGACAUCUGAUGCAUGGGGUUUUGGAUCAAAAAAAGAGAAAAAGAACGAUGAAGAAAAGGCUGCAGAUGAUAUUAUGUACAAGUAUAAAGUCAACGAGACAGGAAAACAUGGAGUCGUGCUGAUUAUAAAUAAUGUCUACUUUAAAGAUGAAAAUAAAGCUAAUCGUAUAUCAUCAGAUAAAGAUGCUGAAAGAUUAGAAGAAUUAUUUGAGGGCCUUCUUUAUCAAGUAGUAGUUCAAAAUGACUUAACGGCUGAAGAAAUAAAGACAACAAUUAGUGGAAUUGCUGCUGGGUCAGUAACCAAGAAACAUGAUAGUUUCAUAUGUUGCAUUCUGUCUCAUGGUAAUCCAGCAGGGAUUGAAGGAGUUGAUGGUGAAACUGUUACUGUCGCUGAGUUGGUUAAAAGUGUAAUUUCUACGAAAUGUUCAGCACUUCGUGGAAAGCCCAAAAUUUUUUUUUUUCAAGCUUGUCGAGGGACUGAAGCACCAGAGCCUUUAGUUGUUGAUUCGUCUGUGCAAUGGCCUCCAAAAGAAGAAGAGAUGGUUGCUGAUGGUAUUGCUCGAGCAUUACCACCAGAGGCUGAUUUCUUGUUUGGUUUUAGCACUUCUGAUGGUAACGUUGCUGCAAGAGGUGUUGAAACUGGUUCACAAUAUAUAAAAGCAUUGUGUGAAUUUAUUUCCAAAUAUUCUUCCAGGUUUAGUCUUUAUGAGCUCCUACUUCUCGUUAAUUACAAAGUAUCAGGAAAUACUAUUGUUUUUAAUACGUCGUACAAGUAUCAUCAAAUGCCCGAGAUCAGAAGCACUUUGAGGGGAAAAUUUUACUUUAAAAAGUAGCUUGAGUGUUUUAUUUUUAGUUAUUUUUGCA